AUGGCGAAACUACUCGGUUCUUCCUCUUCUUAUGCUAUUUUCUUCCUCUCCCUCUUUCUCCUUCUGCUGAUUUCUGCUGAAAUGCCAACAACAGAAGCUGGAAACUGCGAGAAACGAAGCACAACAUGGUCAGGGCCUUGUUUAAACACUGGCAACUGUGACCGACAGUGCAAGGACUGGGAGCAUGCGUUACAUGGAGCUUGUCAUGCACAGUUCCCUGGAUUUGCAUGUUUCUGUUACUUUUGUUGAUCAAGCUCUAAACACAAUAGCCAUAGCUGGACCACUGAGUUUAAUAUCGAAAACCUUAUGUAAGAAAAAUAAGAUUGCUACCACUGUGUGACUAGUAUCUACCUUCUAAAUAAUCCAGAAUGGCAUUUACAUGUAACACUAAUGUUCUCCAUGUCAGUAAUGUCCGUGUUCCUCCACUAUUUUGUAUAUGUAACCACAGCUCUAAUCUCCUCUAACAUAAUCAAGAUGUCCUUAGUAUAAAAGGAAAGACUACUAAUCAUGGAAAUCAAAUCAUUCAACAUCAUAAAUCCAACUAACAAGUUGAAGACUGAGUGGGAAAUUCUUCCUAGUACAUGAUAAAUCCUUGAUCCUUCCACAUACAUGGUUGAAACUCACAGGAUGAACAGACAUAUUUACAAACACAUGAUAUGCAUUAUCCAAAUCAACCGCAUAUCAGGCAUCAUAAGGAAGAAAAAAGAGAGAGGAAGAAUUGGUCAGAAGAACCGUACUUUCUAG